AUGGAUCAAAUUCCUCUCAGAAGAAAACUUCGAGUUCCGAAGAAUUCAGCGAGUCCUCGUUCCUCUGGUUGCUACACAGCCGCCAUCCUUAUGUUCCCAACUAGGGAGCUGGCGAUACAGGUGUACGAUGCUUUAAUCUGCCUGCAGCCUGGCCACAAUCUUCAUAUCCAGCCCAAAGUAAGCCAGUCUCCCUAUCCAAUCACUGAAAGGGCUUCCAGAUACUAUGAUGUGAUCGUUGGUACUCCUGGCAAGGUCCUCGGAGCCGUAGAGAAAGGGGGGUUGUCCCUCGACUCGAUCAAGUACUUUAUGUUUGACGAGGUUCACGAUUUGCUUGGGGAGACAGGGGCUGGCUUCCACUGUCGUACCUUUUGCCAGCGUAUUCCUCACGGUACUGGAGCACGUAUCGUGACUUCCAGUACCCGAAUAUCGCCUGUCAUGGAACGCUUUUGCCUGCGUGGCAUCGAACCACGUAUACAUCUCGAUGCCAUGGCAAGGGGUACCAGGGCCGUUGUGCGCGCGGUGGAACUUGAAAACCACGAGCCGCGGUCGGAUACACUGGCACGAUUCAUCGCUUUCCGCCCCUCCCCCAAGAAUAUUGUCAUCUUUACAGACACUAUUGAUGAUGCUCAGAAAGUCCACGACAUCUUGGUGGAGAAGUUCCCCGACCGUGUAGUUGGCUUGAUGAACAAGGAAUCGGGCACUGACAAUCGGGGAAUUCUACUGCGCCGGUACCAACGCGGGGAGCUAGAUAUGAUCGUGACCUGCCGUCUAUUCUACGCUGGCAUUGAAUUGACGGCUGAAGUUACAUCUAUCAUAUUCUACAAGCUUGUUUCUCUUACAUGGCCACACGCCAUUGGGGCCCGAUUACACAUCAACAGGCCCAAUGGCGAAGUAGCUGUAAUCGUUGACCCAAAUUCUGCGGAUGACCUGGCUCACUACGAGGAGUUUAAGAGGUGGCUACGGUGUUUCAGCGGCGAUGACACGUUAAUAAUUGGCCGUAACAGCCACCGGCCUUCCCUCAACCCAUCGCUGCCACCCUGUUACAAACUUAUUAUUCGCGGGCUGGCACCUGAAGUGACUGCCGAAGAACUCAAGGCUGCUUUGCAGCAAUACUCCCCAGUACGUGCUGAGGCGGCCUCUCUGAAUGCCUCGAAAUCAGUUCCAACGGCUUUCAUCCACUUCGCCACUGUGGGACACGCCCUCGAGUGUGUCAAGCAGAUCGACGGCGCGCGCAUUUUAGGAUCUCAGGUGCAGGCCGGGUUUGCCUUGGAAAAGAAGCAAAAGGGAGGUCGUGGAGGACGCGGAGGACGUAACUAA